AUGCGCGUGGUGAAGCGCGGGUCGCUCACGCAGGCCCUCGGCCACGUGGCGCUUCCGUCGAUCAUCGUCGUCGGUUCCGAGUCGGCGGGCAAAUCUUCGACGCUGGAGCGCAUCGCGGGGCUCACGCUGUUCCCGCGGGACGCGACGAUUUGCACGCGCAUGCCGAUCCAGCUGCGGCUGAUCCAGGACGACGCCGCGGCCGGCUCCUGCGUGACCGUGCGCCUCGCGGGCCGCGAGGACGCCGUCGUCAGCGAGGCCGACGCGGCGCGGACCGUCGCGGCAUUCAUGAACGAGGCGGUGGCCGCGCGCCACGGCGGCACGGUCCGGGGCGUCGUCAACGACGUGCUCACCAUCGAGGUGCGGAAGCCGGACGUGCCCACGCUCGACCUCAUCGACCUGCCCGGCAUCGUCGCGGCGUCCGUCGAGGGCGAGCCGGCGGACAUGAUGGAGCAGACGCGCAAGAUCACGGAGCAUUACAUGUGCCGCGCCGACACGGUCUGCGUCUGCGUCGUCCCCGCGAACGCGACGCGCGUCCGGGACUCGCAGGCCAUGCAGCUCGUCCAGCGCCACGGGAAGGAGCCCCUGACCAUCGGCGUCCUCGCCAAGGCGGACCUC